AUGACUUCUCCUCCGAUUCACUAUUUGCUCCCAAUCUUUCCUGGCUUUCAGCUCCUCGAUCUCGCGGGCCCGCUUGAUAUCCUCAAUUUACUUUCCACUGCUCAUCUUGACCCUGAGAAACACCCACUAUCUCUGACUCUGAUUGCAGAGAGCCUCGAGCCGGUGCCGGUAAAGCCGAUCCCACCCAAAUCUGCCGACUGGACUUUCGACCUCGUAGAUGCAUACCCCAGCUCAGGUGGCAAAGUAAACCUCAGCUUCAAUGAAUACCUCCAUCCCGAUACUACAUAUGCCGAUUUUCUCAAGGCGCUCGAACUCGACAAGGGCAAAGCUAAGGUUGACGUCCUUCUAAUCCCUGGCGGCGUCGGGACCCGGCUGAAACGGCUUCAUCCUGAUGGCAACAAGACCUCCAACAUACAGAGUCUGCUCGAGUUUGUGCCGAAGAUCGCCCCACACAUCCGUACCGCUAUCAUCACAGUUUGCACCGGUUCUGAUGCUCUGGCACAAUCCGGCCUUCUCAACAAUCGACGCGCUACCACAAACAUGACCCGGUUCAACGAAGUGGCAGCACGGAGCCCCAAGGUAAAAUGGGCAGACUUUGCUCGGUGGGUCCGGAGUUUGCCAUCUGAAGCGGAGGACAGUAACACGCUGCCGGUCGAAAUUUGGACAUCGGCAGGCAUUUCGGCAGGGAUGGACGUGACGCUGGCCUUCAUCGCCCACUUCUACGGAGGCCAAGGUGUCGCAAGGAGUCUGGCGAAGGCUCUGGAGUACGACUGGCGAGAGAUUGCAGAAGGAGACAGGGACCCCCUGUAUGCGAAGCAUUUCGCGACUUGA